CCAGGUUGACUCUCUCCUUUAUAUACACCUCCCCUACAAACCUCGAAUUCUCGCAACACCAAGAAGAACAAUUUCGUUCCUGUCCGAUUACAGCUAGUACAAGGAUGAGCUCUUCAUCUUUCGGCAAAGAAUUUGUGUUUCUUUGCAGUGCUGCAUGGCUCAAACUGGCCUGCCUCUGCAGGUCCUUUUGCUUUCUCCUUUCUUGCUAUUUCCGCUUCCUGCUCCUCCGGUUCAACUCCUUUUGCGUCCAAGUUUUUUACUUCGUCUUCCUCUCAUUCCUCGGCUUCUGGGUCCUCAAGGCCCUGCAGCCGCGGACCGAUUCCUUUAGGCCUAGGGACUUGGAUCUGUUAUUCACCUCUGUCUCCGCAACGACCGUCUCGAGCAUGUCGACGGUGGAGAUGGAGGUCUUCUCCAACUCUCAGCUUGUCGUGAUGACCGUCCUGAUGUUCGUCGGAGGAGAGGUCUUCAUUUCCCUCGCUGGGCUUCAUCUUAGGAAAUCUAAGCUCCGGUGGCGCGUCAAUACCGAAGGCAAAGUCGCCUCCAUGAAUAGCGAUCUCUGCCCUUCCAACCCAACAAACGACAUUGUUGACCACAUAGAGUUAGGUGUAGUAGCGAAGAUAGAUUGCCUGAACUCACAAGUAGAGCCUCAAUCGUACAGACGGCAAGACGAGUCCUUAGAUCUUGACUAUCUGAAAUGUUGUUCGGUUAGGUUUUUGUGUUAUGUAGUGUUAGCUUACCUUCUGGUCAUCCACGUUCUUGGUGUCGCCGCGGUUUCGCUCUAUAUGACACUUGUUUCUAGCGCGAGAGAUGUGCUAAAGAAGAAGGGUCUCAAAAUGAUGACUUUUUCUGUCUUCACCAUCGUGUCGACCUUCGCCAGUUGCGGGUUUGUCCCGACCAACGAAAACAUGAUGGUCUUCAGCAAAAACUCCGGCCUCCUCCUGAUCCUCAUCCCUCAGGUCCUUCUCGGGAACACGCUGUUCCCGUCGAGCUUAAGGUUCGCGCUUUGGCUCAUGGGGAGAUUCGGGGAGAAAGAUGAAAUCAGGUACUUGUUGAGCAGGACAAGCGAAGUUGGCUACAAGCACUUGCUUCCGAGCCUCUACUCGUCGCUGCUGGUGGUCAUGGUGUUGGGGUUCAUUGGUGUCCAGUUCAUAAUGUUUUGCUCGAUGCAGUGGCAUUCAGAAUCGUUGAAUGGACUGUGCACGUACGAGAAAAUCGUGGGCGUGCUCUUUCAGUGCGUGAACACCAGACAUACGGGCGAGACGAUCGUCGAUCUGUCCACAGUUGCUCCCGCCAUCUUGGUGUUAUUCGUGGUCAUGAUGUACCUUCCGCCGUACACGUCGUUUCUUCCGGCAAAAGGCCGCGAGGGGCUCCUGGGGAACGGCGAAAGAAGAAAGCCGAAACAGGGUUAUAAGCUGCUGCUGGAGAACCUCAAGUUCUCACAGCUUUCCUACCUGGCCAUCUUCAUCAUCAUGGUUUGCAUCACGGAGAGGGACAAGAUGAAGGAAGAUCCCCUCAAUUUCAACGUGCUAAACAUCGUGGUCGAAGUGAUCAGCGCAUAUGGGAACGUGGGGUUCUCAAUGGGUUACAGCUGCGAACGACAACUAAGGCCCAUUGAAGGCUGUGAUGACAAGUGGUAUGGAUUCUCCGGGAAAUGGAGCGAUCAAGGCAAAAUCAUCCUCAUCGUCGUCAUGAUUUUCGGAAGAUUAAAGAAGUUCAACAUGAAGGGUGGCCGAGCUUGGAUACUUUUGUGAGAGAGACAAGAGACCUAUUACUAAGUUUAGAGACCGAGACAAAAUCAUCUCUUGUCGUCAUGAUUUUGCGUCUCGAACUUUUUUUUUUCCUUUUGGGGAGUUUGGGUCCAUUUCUUCUUUCUUGUUUUGUCUAGUCGAGUGCAGUAGGUAUUGCAACUGUGAAAAUUAACAUGCCAAUGUGUUGGAGCAUCACUAGGUUUAGAUACCAUAAUAUAGAUAUCCCAUGCCAAUAUAUUGGAUGUAACUCUUGUCCAUAAAGGCAAAUUCUCGAGCUAUUUGUCAAUAUCUUUUUGAGUUAUUACACCGUCCACUGUCAGUGGAAUCUGAAUUCA